AUGCCCACGUGGCAGUGUCCGGGGGCAGGCCCUCCGGGAGGUGGCCAGGCCAGGGGAGAGGAACAAAGGGCUGGAGAUGUGGCCGACGCCUGGUCUGUGCCCUCGGGCUCUGCAGACCAGGUUCUGCAGAUCAUCUUGGACCUUGUCCGCUGGGCCAGACGCCGGACCCUCAACAUCCUGCACCCCUCCACCAACCUGACGGACUACCUGCGGGAGGGCCUGCACCGGCACCUGCCCGCCGACAUCCACCGGCGCUUCUCCGGGAGGGUCCACCUCUCCCUCACCCGCGUGGCCGACUGGGAGAACGUGCUGGUGUCCGACUUCCAGUCCAAGGAGGAAGUGGUAGACGCCCUGCUCUGUUCCUGCUUCAUCCCGUUCUACUGCGGCUUGAUCCCGCCGUCCUUCAGAGGCGUGCGGUAUGUGGACGGAGGGCUGUCCAACAACGUGCCCCGCGUGGACGACAGAACCACCAUCACCGUGUCCCCCUUCUACGGGGAGAGCGACAUCGGCCCCAAGACCGUCUCCACGAACUUCCUCACCGUGGACUUCACCAGCCUCAACCUGCGCGUCUGCUCGGAGAACGUCUACUUCGUCAUCCGGUCGCUGAUGCCCCCCAGCCUCGGGGUGAGCGGGGGGCACGCACUGCGCGAAGCAGCAAGAGACCCGGGCGGGCCCCUGAGCAAGAUCUGCGCCCUCCUGCCCGUGAGGGCGCUGACCUACGCCCUGCUGCCCUGCACGCUGCCUGUGGAGGUGGCCUUCCACAGCCUCCGGAGACUGGUGCUGUGGGUCCCCCACAUCCCCGAGGACCUCCCGUGGCUGCGGUGGGUGGCCUCCCGGGCUCGCGUUCUGCUGCUGAUGCACCUGUUCCCCGCCGCCAGGUAG